GCUGUUUUUGUAGACCUCUGCUGUAGACAGUCUCCCUAGGCUCUACGUUACUUUGACUUUUUGAAAUGAUAAAACACUUUAUUUAUGAAUGUUCCGUAGUUGAUCAACACUGUUUUGUGAGUUGAUGAGUUUCUCUAGAUCCAGCUAGACAGGCUGGACUGGCGCUUUUUGAUCAGAGAAAUCUGCGGUGCAGGUGUCACUCGUUUUCUUGACUUGUGUUUGGAAACAUGAUGUACGAACGUUAAUAAUAGUCCAAUCCAAAGAAUCCUUCUUGAAACUGGAAACGUUUGCUGCGUGAAGAAUAAAAAUCUAUCCAAGAUUAAUUUUGGCCAUCAUAAGCCUGAUUUAAACAUGACGGGAGAUUGCCCUGUAAAAGCUGCAGUCGAGGAGUCGAAUGGAAACAGCCUGUCUAACUCACCGUCUAACGAGACUCCUCCGACAGGACCUGGGACCUCGGCUGAUGCUACUCCAGUCGCCGCCGCCACUGGGGUGAAGCAUCAUCGCCAUCGACACAAAUUGAAACAUAGAUACCGGUUCGAAAAGACCCUGGGUAAGGGGACCUAUGGCAAAGUCAAACUUGCCACAGAAAUCAGCACUGGUAACCAGUUUGCAAUCAAGUCCAUUCCAAAGAACAAGAUUGAAGACCCAGAAGACAUGAGAAGAAUCCGUCAAGAAAUUGAACUCAUGUCUACUCUUGAUCAUCCAAACAUUGUUAAUAUAUAUGAAGUUUUUGAGAGCAAGGAGAAGAUAGUAAUUGUGAUGGAGUAUGCCAGCGGUGGGGAGUUGUACGAGUUCAUUGACAGUAGCAGUAUUCCAAUGGGAGAGAUACAAAGACUCUUCAGACAAAUUGUCUCUGCCCUUGCCUAUUGCCAUCUGAAUAAUAUAGUGCAUCGAGAUCUGAAACUUGAGAAUGUUCUACUAGAUGAGGAUGGUGAUGCAAAGAUUGCUGAUUUUGGUCUUUCAAGUUACUACAGUGACAAUGAUCUCCUACAUACAUUCUGUGGAAGUCCUCUUUAUGCUUCUCCUGAAAUAGUCAAUGGUCAACCAUACCAUGGUCCAGAGGUUGAUUGUUGGAGCCUUGGUGUCAUCCUGUAUGCUAUGGUUUAUAAGACGAUGCCUUUUGGAGGAGAUGAUUUCAACAAUCUUAAGAGACAGAUCAUUGAAGGGCGAUAUUAUGAUCCAUGUCCUGGCACAGUGCAAUCUCAACUUAUCAGACAUCUUCUAUCGAUAGAUCCACGCUACCGAGCAACCAUCUAUGAUGUAGCUCAUCACCCUUGGGUGUUUGGUGAGGAUGCUAAUGAGAUUCUUACCAUGGAGUUUGCUUCAUCAAUUGGUGAACAAAACACAGACUCAUCAAAGGAAAGAGAAAGCACUGAAUCUAGUGAUACUGAGAGUGACAAUAAGCCUCCUAUUGUAGCUGUUAAACCAACAAGUAUUCUGAAGGCAAGUUCCAAAGACAGUGAUUCUAUGGUAGCUACAGAACGGGUCAAUGAACAAUCCAUUUUGGUUGAGGAACAACCAAAGGUGUCAGUUUCUAGCAAUGAUUCGGGUAGUGAUUCUCCAAGCAGUCCUCUUGAACUCAAGGCCAAAGGUUUACCACAGGUCAAGGGAGUGAUACAGAAUGAAACAGACAGCUUCUUGAGCUUAGCUAGUUCAACUGCAACUCUUCCUUCUGAGGCCUCUAUAGCAAUAACCAAUGAUGAUGUCUUUGGAAGAGCAGAUGUUCCGGUGACGGAUGUUGUAAAGCGAAGAGCAGAGCCUGGUAAGGUUGUCAGAGCCCAAAGACCAGCUACUGUUGGUGCUCUGUACAGUGAUCUUCCAUCUCCAAGGACAUUGGUCAAUCAACUCAUUGGAGAAGAUACCAUAUUUGAGUGUAGUUCAGAAGAGAAAAGGGCAAGUGCUCGUCUCUCAAAGCGAAUCUCUUGUGGCAAGUACUCUAAAAUUACAGAACUUUGGGAAUCCAUUUUCAAUGAGUCACACUUGCAGGCAGUGAUUUCAUCAAAAUCACCAAAGUCUGGAUCUGAUGAGAGCCCUGGAUCCAGCUCUAGUGAGGACCUCCUGGAGAUCUUGAACUCUCAACAUCUCAAGAAAAGUUACAGUAGCUCCUUUAAAUUGACCAGACAUCGCUUCUCCAACCAUCGUCGGUCAAUGCGCACACAUAAAGAAAUGGUCAUCAUGGAAGCCCAACAACUACAGAUGAGGUCUGAGUCUCUUUUUGAGAAACCAGAAUUUCGUAAGGGAACUCGAGAUUCUGGUCUUGGCGAUGAUUUGGAGAACUUGGCAAAAGUUUAUCAGAAAGCAUUAGAGAUAUCUAGUAGUGUUAAUUGAUCAAAGUGUCUUUCCUUAAAACUAUCAAUAGAAAUUGGUCUGAUAGGUUGAAGGAAGCUAUAGUGAACUUAUUUUCAAAUAAUAUUUAUCAAUCUAGUCUAUUCCAAGAUACAAGCCUUCAUGUUCGUACAAUAUCAAAGGUCAGUUGAAUCGUUUUACUGUUGUAGCCUAAUGUUUUAAAUCUCUUUUCAUACUGUGUGAAUGAAUUGAUGGCUAUCAACCUUAUGAGUAAGAGGAAACCAAUCAAGUCAUUUUUUUUUCUCUCCUAGUAGAACCUAUUUCAUGAAAAAAAAUGUUUUCAAUUUACAAAUACAUAUUUUGUGAAAUAUUGAAAUGAGAUGUGUAUAGAAAAAGUGAACAGAUGCAUUCCAUUGGUAAAGUGUUAAGCAAAAUGCAAAUCAUCUUGGAAUUUUUCAAAGUUAAACAUCAGUGGCUUGUGGUUUAAUAAAAGAGUGGCCUCAUAUGCAAUAUGAUUUCGUUUCAAUUAAGUGUAUUGUGGGUAAUUACACCACAAACAAUCCAUCUCUAAAAUGGUACUCUAGGCUGUGAAUAAUAAAGUUGUACAGAUAAAGCGAAAUCAGACAAACAAAAUAAUGAAAAUUUUAUCAAAAUCCGUUAAGGAAUGAUAAAAAUUAUGACAUUUCUAAUUCCUAGUGAAACAGUUCAAUGCAUGUCAUCAUGAAUAUUCAGUUAACAAACUGAUGAUGUUAAAUCUUCACAUGCUCUUUUGUAUUUUAUUAUAUCAAACUAUGUUUAUUCAAAUUUUGUCUUCCAAAAAUUGAAAAUAUUGGAUUGACA